AUGGCCGAAUUCAUUGGUAGCAUCGAUCAGGGAACCACCAGCUCGAGGUUCCUGAUCUUCAACAAGGCAGGAGAGCCGGUCGCAUCUCAUCAAGAGGAAUUCUCUCAAAUCUACCCUCAACCUGGAUGGCACGAGCACGACCCUGAGGAGAUUGUCUCCUCAGUACACAACUGCAUUGAGGGCGCAAUCGAGACCUUCAAGAAAGAUGGAAACUCAAUCGACAGCAUCAAGGCUAUUGGCAUCACAAACCAGCGCGAAACCACUGUUGUUUGGGAUAUCGAGUCAGGAGAGGCGCUCUACAACGCUAUCGUGUGGACAGAUACUCGUUCUCAAGCUAUCGUAAAGGAGUUGAAGUCGCGCAAGGGUGCCGAUGAGUUGAUGCAAAAGUGUGGUCUGCCUCUCUCCACAUACCCCAGUGUCACCAAGCUCCUAUGGCUGCUCAAGAACGAGCCCAAGGUCAAGGAAGCAUACAAGAAGGGUACUCUUGCAUUCGGAACUAUUGAUGCAUGGCUCGUCUACAAGUUGAACGGUCACGAGAAGAGAGUCUUCGUCUCCGAUCCCACCAAUGCCUCGCGCACCAUGUUCAUGGACAUUCACACACUCAAGUACAACCCCGAGCUUAUUGCCUUCUUCGGCGAUGACGAGUUCGAUCUCUCCAACAUCCACAUGCCUGAGAUUGUCAAGUCCUCAUGCGAGAAGGCUUACGGUACGAUCGCUUCGGGAGUUCUGUCCGGCUUCAAACUCGCCGGUUGUUUGGGUGACCAGUCUGCUGCCCUGGUCGGCCAAAAAGGAUUCGAUGCAGGCAGCGCAAAGAACACAUACGGCACCGGUUCCUUCAUCCUGUACAACACUGGCAGCAAGCCCGUCAUCUCCACCCACGGCCUCCUUACCACCGUCGCAUACGACUUCGACGGAACACCGAGCUACGCUCUCGAGGGAUCUAUCGCAGUUGCAGGCUCUGGUGUCAAGUUCCUGAUGAACAACUUGGGUUUCAGCUUCGAUUCGUCAAAGAUCACUGAGCUCGCAGGCACAGUCGAGAACAAUGGCGGGUUGGUAUUCGUCACAGCAUUCAGCGGUCUGUUUGCACCAUACUGGAUCACCGACACUCAGGGUACCAUCUUCGGUAUCACCCAACACACACAAAGAGGACACAUUGCUCGUGCUACCCUCGAAGCCGUCUGCUACCAAACAAAGGCUGUACUAGACGCCAUGGAGAAGGACAGUGGUCACCCCCUCCAAGAGCUCAAAGUCGAUGGUGGCAUGUCAAACAGCGAACUGUGCAUGCAGAUCCAAGCAGACAUCCUAGCCGAGAACAAGAUCCCCAUCGUCAGACCCAAGAUGCGUGAGACCACCGCUUUGGGAGCUGCCAUCGCCGCCGGCUUUGCCGCUGGUGUCUGGAAGAACUUUGAUGAGUUGAAGGAGAUCAAUACAUCCGGGCAAACCGUCUUCGAAGCCAAGAUGGAUCCCAAGGACAGCACCAAGAUGGUCAAGCGCUGGGAGAGAGCAGUCAACAUGUGCCGAGGAUGGCUUGCUGAUGAUGAGUAA